CGCGGGCCACUCGGCCACCGCCGCUGCGCCCGACGAUGUCGGAUGCUCUCCAGCGUUCUCCGGGCAGUCGACGCCAGCGCCUCCGCCUCCGCCGCCGCAUCGCGCUUCCGGCGCUGCUUCCGCCGCCUCCGCCUCCGCCUCCGCCUCCGCGGCUGCCGAUGCUCAACGCGGCGUGGGCGCUGUGGUGGCUCCACCCCCCAAAGACGGGCACGUCGUUCCGCGACUCGGUGCUCGACUACCCGUGGUCUGCCUAUCGCGACACCACUUGGCCGCAAGGUUGCCACCAGGUGCUCGGCCUCGACAUGACGGAUCGGAUCCAGAGGCCGGGCGCACAGGUGGUCGCCAUGUUCCGCCAGCCCGAGGACCGGCUGGUGUCGGCCUACUUCCACAUGCGCGACCUGCUGCGCAAGCCGCGGCCCAAGGGCGUGCGCGGCCUGCCACGGCUCGAGUGGCCCCAGUCACCCGUCGGCUGCUGCUGGAAGGACUGGGGCUGGGAGCCCUCCGUCUUUGUGCGUGUGCACAAGGACGUCGCGGCGGCGGUCCCUCCGGAGAGGGCGCUCGCCCGCUUUACAGGCUGCAUGACCAACAUGGUGCUUGGGUACGGCUGCAUGUCGCAGCACGCAACCUCGCCCGCCGACGCGAGGCGCGCUGUCGAGCAGCGGCUGCGCCACUUCCUCUUCGUCGGCGACCAGGGCCAGUGGAACAUGUCGCUCUGCCUCUUCAACGCGAUCAUGACCGGGCGGCGCUUCGUCCUGCCGCGCCAGCUCGCCAACUCGCGGCCCACCUCGACCAAGCUACUGGACCCGGCGAACCCAGCUGGCUCCGCCAUCGCCACCCGCGACCCGAUCGACGGCGAACUGUGGAACUACGUCCAGCGCCGCUUCCGGCGCGACGUGCGGCGGCACGGCGUCUCGCCAGAGUGCUGCCCCGUCACCUCGGACCCGACCGCACUGCCGCAGCUCGGACCGAGUGGCUGCACGAGGUACCCUCUCCAGCGGCGGCCUCACGCCCCCCACAGCAAACCGGAUUUUGCGCCAGUGCGAUUCGUCCUUUCCACUGAGGGCACGAGCUGAAAAUUGAAAUAAAU